AUGGCGAAACGACGAGUAAAGAAGCGCACGCAACCCGCACCGAGCAACAAUGGAGCUAUGGAUCGCUCGCCCAAGAGCAUGGUCAUUCGCAUAGGGGCUGGAGAGGUUGGCAGCAGUGUGUCGCAACUCGUGAAGGAUGUCAGACAUGUUAUGGAGCCUGGGACGGCUGCUCGGUUGAAGGAACGCCGUGCGAACAAACUCCGCGAUUACACCACCAUGGCCAGCCCCCUAGGCGUUACCCACCUCCUCCUCUUCUCGCGCUCCGAGUCCGGGAACACAAAUCUCCGCCUCGCUCGCACACCUCGCGGUCCCACCCUCCAUUUCCGCGUCGAGCAAUACGCGCUAUGCAAAGAUGUGCUAAAAGCGCAACGGCGGCCGCACAGCGGUGGCUUCGAAUUCCAAACCGCCCCUCUACUAGUAAUGAACAACUUCAUCACACCCGAAGCCGCGGUAGAAGCCGUAGUGAAGAAUGGUGUGGAUGGAGUGGUGAAACCAGGCCCACCACCAAAGCACCUAGAAAAACUCGUCACAGAAAUGUUCCAAGGGCUUUUCCCGCCCAUUUCUCCACAAACUACACCAUUGACCUCGAUUCGACGAGUUCUCCUUAUGAACCGCGAACCACCUACCAAAGAGGAGAACGGUACAUACACCAUCAACCUCCGCCACUACGCCAUCACGACCAAAGUAAUGGGCCUACCAAAAAGCAUCCGCCGGCUCAACGCAGCAGAGAAGCUGAAGGGGAACAACAAGAAGCGCUCUGCGCUCCCUAAUCUAGGGAAGUUAGAUGAUGUAGCGGACUACCUCCUUGGCCCCGACGCAGGCGGUUACACUUCCGCUUCCGAAACCGAGAUCGACAGCGACGCCGAAGUCGAAGUCCUCGCCACCUCCGCGCGUAAGAUUCUCUCGAAACGCGACCGCGCCGCGGCACCCGAGCGUCCGGAUGGCCACAAAUCUGCAUCUCGCGGUGGGAAGGGUAAGGUGGAGAAGCGGGCUGUGAAGCUGGUUGAGCUAGGCCCGCGGAUGAAGCUAAGGCUGACGAAAGUGGAGGAAGAGAUAUGUGGCGGGAAGGUACUGUGGCAUGAGUAUGUUAACAAGUCAGCUACAGAGGUGAAGAAGAUGAACACGACUUGGGAAAAGCGGAAGCGGGAGAAGGAAGAGAGGAGGAGGGUGCAAAAGGAGAAUAUCGAGAGGAAGAGGAAGGAAAAGGGUGGGAAGAACGGGAAGGAAGGCGAGAAUGAGGAAGACGAAGACGAGGAGGAUUAUGACAUGGAUGAUGAUGUGUGGGAUGAGGAUGGGGAGGGCGAUGAAGACGAGGAGAUGGAGGAUGGACAUGGGGCCGGUGGUUGA